CCAGCCCAUACAUAAAAUAAAAACCUCCAAAAAUUGAGAUGAACAGAAUAUAAGGGUUUGGCAUAUUCAUAUCUGGAUAUUCUCAAAUUUAUAGAAAAAUGUCAACUUCAUCUAUGGAUCGCCUUAAGUCUCGAAAAAAUUCUAAAGAUAGAGAAAAACGAAAAUCUCAAACUGGUUCAACGGAACCUAAUUCUAAUGAUAAGGGACACUCCUCAAAAGAUUCCAGGCAAUAUGCUGGCAUUGGUCCCGAGUCUAUAUGUUUAUAUGCAGAACAGUCCUCAUAUGAACAUUUGUCUGAUGAGAUUUGUAAUACCUUAGCAGAAGAUAUCAAUUAUAAAUUACGGUAUAUUAUUCAUGAGGCUCUGUUGAAAUCUAGGUUAUGUGGAAGAGAUGUUAUUAUAUCCCAGGAUAUUGACGAAACAUUUGAAAAUUUGUCUAUAGAGAAAGUGUAUGGAGCCCCUUCAAGUCUGAAUUGGGUACCUUCUGGUGAUGUUGGUGAUCAAAAUUUUCUUUAUCUGAAUGAUACCGAAAUCAAUAUGAUAGAACUAGCAGAAGCAGAAAACACAUAUGCCCAACACGGACACGUAAUGCUGACAAAAAAGUGGUUUCCAGAUCCUGACCUCCUGGAGCCCAGCCAAGCACUACGAAAUUACUUCGUUACAGUUUGUGAAACUGUGAUAAGCAAUGAUGAGGAAUUAAGAUGGAUGGCAUUGAAAGACAUAAGCGAGAAUCCUCGGAUAGGUCCAAUAACAGAUUGGUUCUACAAUUUUGGAUACUUGUUACUCAUGAAAGAUAUAACCUAUGAUUCUUUUACACUUUGUGCAUUAGAUUUAAUCGAAACAUUAGAGAACAGCCCUCUGAGCAGCAGUACUGUUUCAGUCAAACAGUUAAAGUUACUAGUCAGACUGUUACUGCAAAGACUUUUAUUAUCCUCAACUUCAAGGGCUAUCCUGAGGAAAAUGUGCUCUACUCUUGCUGUUUUAUGUUUGAGGAUACCAUUAAAAGAAAUGACUAUUGCUAAAAUUAAUCAGAAGUUGGAUGGCCUGCCACAGGAUAAGAUUUUAGCUGUAGUAAUGAUCAUAUACUUCCUUGGGAGUGAAGCUAUUGAGAAGAUAUUUAUUCCUAAUGUCAUUUACUUUUUGAACAUCUUAGGAACAGAACAUGAUUUUGAGAUGAUAUAUGUAAUAUUGUUGUAG